UGUACAUUGAGCUUUCAUUUUUAGGCGAUAGUUAUCCGGGAUUGAAUAAUAAUGAUUUUGCUGUGGGAUACAAGAAUGAAGUAAUGGAAAAAAAAUUAAAGGACUUUAAAAGGAUUAUUUGCAUAGAUGGGACACACGGAACAAAUAGAAGAAAUCUAGAUCUAACAAUAAUUCUCGUUAAGGACGAAAAUAAUAUGGGCGUCCCAGUCGCAUUUUUACUUUCAAACAGGUUAGACCAAGUAAUCCAAGAAAUCUUUUUUAGGGCUCUUCAACUAAGGCUGGGUAAGACUCUUCAGGCCGACUAUAUAAUGAGUGAUUAUGAUCCCAAAUAUUAUAAUGCAUGGAUCAAGGUGAUGAAUUUGGCAGAAAAACCUAGGAGACUUCUUUGCUCAUGGCACAUUAUUAAGAAUUGGAACAUCAAAGGAAGAUCAAAAUUGAAGAAGGCAGAAAACAGAAUACACAUGAAGAAGGAGAUGAGGAAAAUUUUAAAGGAGACCAAUGUUUCCACUUUUAUGGUGUUAAAAGAAAACUAUUUCAAGCAUUUGGAAGAGGAGGGUGAACACGAUUUCUUGAGAUACUUGCAGACCUUCUAUUUUCAAAGUGAAGAAAGGAUCAUGAUGUGGGCCCAUUGCCACAGAAUAAAUGUUGGUAUAAAUACAAAUAUGGCUAUAGAAAGUUUAAACAAAGUACUGAAAUACAAUAAAAUGGGAGGUCGACGCAAUCUUAGAGUUGAAAAGUUGCUGGAUUUGUUGGAUGAACUUGUGGAUGAGGAUAAUUAAUAGUGAAAGACCAAACUCAAAUAGCUAUCAGCAUAAAAUUGUAAUAGAAGCCCAUAGGAAAGC